AUGGCAUUUGCAGAUUCCUGUGUGAGAGCAAACAGAAACUUUGCUCUCCCAUUCCUGACAUUAUGUUUGAUUGUUCUCGUGGAUAACGCAGCCGCGGAAUGGUUGAACCAUGGAGGCGACUUAACAAAUACAAGGAAUGCCGUACAAGAAGUGCUGAUCAAUCCAAUCAGUGUUAGGAACUUGAGGCUGAAAUGGAGAUUUAUAGCCGGCUUUGAUAUAUCAGCCACCCCUGCCGUGGCCAAUGGAGUUGUGUACUUCCCAUCAUGGAAUGGAUUUCUGUAUGCCGUGCGCGCGGACAAUGGAGCUCUCAUUUGGAAACAAAACCUUGGAACCUUAACUGGGCUGCCUCCAGUUGGGGCAAUAGUGAACGUUACGGUGUCAAGAUCCACCCCAACUGUCGCUGGUGAUCUUCUCAUCUGUGGAGUUUAUGGACCUGCGGUGGUGGUUGCCGUCAGGCGAUUAACCGGAGAGCUGGUAUGGUUGACUCGCCUUGAUCCCCGGCCUCUAGCUCAAAUUACUGCAUCAGGAACAUUUUACUCGGGGGCAUAUUACGUGGGAGUAUCCUCACUAGAAGAGCUUCUACCAGCCCAACAAUGCUGCACAUUCCGCGGAAGCAUGGUUAAGCUGGAUGCCCGUACAGGCACAAUUUUGUGGCAAACCUAUACAAUUCCAGACAAUGGUGGCAAAUUGGGAGGCUAUUCUGGAGCGGCUAUUUGGGGAAGUAGCCCCGCGAUUGACACUCUUAGAGGGCUGGUUUAUGUAGGAACAGGCAAUCUGUACAUUGCUCCAGCAGAGUUCCUAAUAACCCCAAUUGUCCACCUGGACCUAACUUAG